AUGGCUCCCGUAACAGCCGCAAAGACGCCAUGGACAGUCCACGACUUUCUCGUCUUGCCUCUACGAAUACCUGCGCAAAAGUCCUUGCCAAGAGAGGCAACCCACUACCUCUACCUUCGAGCCAACGCUCCCAAAGUACCCACUGAGAAAACGCCUCGAGAAGUCUUCGCUGUAAACGUCCCGAUCGAUACAACAGAGCUGCACAUCCGCAGUCUUUUCGCAAAUCAACUGGGCGGCGCACGAAUAGAAAGCGUUGCCUUCGAGGGUGCCAGAGUCGGGAAGGGUAUUAGCGCGCCUGUUGCGCCGGCCAAGCAGGGAAAGAAGAGGAAGCGAGGGAUCGAGGGUAUUGACGAGGAUGGCGCAGUAGAAGAAGUUGGAUUGCUGCCAGAUGUGUGGGAUCGGGAAUUACAUCGAAGUGGAGGCACAGCCGUCAUUACGUUCGUGGACAAGCCAAGCGCAGAUCUUGCGUUGAAAGAGGCGAAGAAGGCUAUCAAGAAUAAGACUGAGAUAAAAUGGGCAGCGGGAAUAGGAAACAAACUCCCACCGUUGGGCUCGGCGAGGUACCUGACGCAUCACAGAAUGCGUUACCCCGACCACUUGACACUGCAAGCCAGCGUGGAUGCAUUCAUGGGAGCAUUCGCGGCACAAGAAGAUGCGAGAACGAAGAUGCUUGCACGGCAAAGAGCAGAGCCAGACGAGGAUGGAUUCAUCACAGUCACACGUGGUGGUAGGGUCGGACCUGCGAGGGAAGAGGCAGCCAAGGCGAAGGAAGAGGAGCUCAAGAAGAGGGAGAAGGAUCGCAUCAAGGCGGACUUUUACAGAUUCCAGGUCCGGGAGCAGAAGAAGGAGCAGGCGAAGGAUCUUGUCAAGGCGUUUGAAGAGGAUAAGAGGAAGGUUGAAGAGAUGAAGAGGCGGAGAGGGAGGAUACGGCCUGAGUAG